AUGUCUUCGUCGCCAUUUCAUACGUCUCCAUUGCCUGAAAGUCCGCAUGUCUCCUUGUAUGCAAGCAUGUCUAAAUUUGUUCUUCCAACUGCAUUAAAGGAAAUAAGAUUCCACUUAUCACAAACUGGUGAAGCAUCCAUACCAUUAAGGAAAUUUUUAACUAAUAAUUAUAAUGGCUUGAAAACUCAACUGAAUUAUAAAUUACCAAUUUUAAUUAGAGAAUCAUACGGGAUUCCACCAAGCGUAACUGCUAGAUUCGAAAGAGGUAGAGAAAUCAAAAACAACUUGGAUGGUUUAGACGAACAAGGUAUUGAAAGUGCAUUAAAAAAUUUAUUAAAAAAUUAA